UCCUUUUACGUCACGAAUUUAGAGCAGGAACUGACGAAACCGGAAGUUGGUAUUCCGAUAUACAAUGAUGGCUGAAGAAGAGUCAGUGAGAGAUGAGUUUGAGCAAAUUGAUUUUUUGAAAGACCGACAUAUUAAAUUUUUCCAAAGAUGUUUACACGUAUUACCCGAGAGAUACUCUUCCCUGGAGACUAGCAGGCUGACAAUCGUGUUCUUUGCACUUUCUGGCUUGGACGUCUUAGAUGCCCUGGACGUAGUGGAUAAACCAAGUUUAAUUGAAUGGGUAUAUUCAUUACAAGUGCUUCCCAUGGAAGACAAGUCUAAUUUGGGUCGUUGUGGGUUCAGAGGAUCAUCACAUCUUGGAAUUCCAUACAACCCUUCAAAGGGUCCAGGUGUGAAUCACCCCUAUGAUAGUGGUCAUGUUGCAAUGACUUAUACUGGACUGGCUUGUCUGAUUAUCUUGGGAGAUGACUUAAGUCGUGUGAAUAAGCAAGCAUGCUUGGCUGGACUGAAAGCACUCCAGUUGGAAGAUGGAAGUUUUUAUGCAGUUCCAGAAGGAAGUGAAAAUGACAUGAGGUUUGUCUACUGUGCAGCUUGCAUCUGCUAUAUGCUCAAUGAUUGGUCAGGCAUGGAUGUGAAAAAAGCAAUAGAUUACAUCAGACGGAGUAUGUCUUAUGAUAAUGGUAUUGCACAGGGAGCUGGACUGGAAUCUCAUGGUGGAUCUACUUUCUGUGCCAUUGCUACCCUUUGCCUAAUGGGUAAACUAGAAGAGAUUUUCACUGUAAAAGAACUGAACAGAAUAAGGCGAUGGUGUAUAAUGAGACAGCAAAAUGGAUUUCAUGGGAGGCCAAAUAAACCAGUAGAUACUUGCUACUCAUUUUGGGUGGGAGCCACUCUGAAGCUUUUAGAGGUUUUCCAGUAUACGAAUUUUGAAAAGAAUCGUAACUAUAUCUUGUCAACUCAGGAUCGUCUUGUUGGUGGAUUUGCCAAAUGGCCAGAUAGCCAUCCAGAUGCUCUGCAUGCCUACUUUGGCAUCUGUGGACUCUCUCUGAUUGGCGAAGGCAACCUGCGUAAAGUGCACCCUGCAUUGAAUGUAAGCGUAAGGGCCUUUGAGUAUCUACAGCAGCUGCAUCAGACAUGGAGAGAACUGAACUGUAGCACAGGCACAGAGUCCUUAUGCACAUGACACUUUUACUCCAUUCCCUGAAUAAGACAAAGCCAUGUUUGUGUUAUUGUGUAGUUCAUCAGCGCUGGAGUGGUAUCUACCAAAUAAAUUCCUUACUAACAGUAUCACAGCGGAUUGGCAGCAGACGUUUGGGAGUGAUUUGCAAUUAAGAGUUUAUCAACAGCAGACUAUUGAAUUAUAUAUAAAGUAUUUUGAAUAGUAGAUCGUCCGUGAAAGUGAAAAUAGUGCAUUUUAAGAAUAUUUUGUUUCCUAAUAUUGUAUUGGCCAUCUUGCAAUAUAAAAUGCACGCUUUCUUUUUUCCACCACCACUGAUUUGUGAUUUAUUUUUUUUUUAGAGGCAAUUACCUUACAUAUUUUUGGAUAUAUUCUAUCCAGAUAUUUAUGUGUGCACAUUUGGGUGUGCAUGUAUGCAUCCCCAAACCAAAAAAUGGAAAAUGACAUUAAUACUCCUGCCCUUGGUUUUCUGUUAUCUUUUUAUUAAUAAAAAGACAGCCAGCCAGCAUGACAAACUUAUUUUAGAAUGCCAGCUAAAAUAAAUUGUAAACAUUAUGUCUGAAGAAUUAGAUUGGCCUGUAUUUUCUAUUAAAGACAUACGAAUGUUUGCUGAACUUGAUGGUAUACCUAACACGCACUGUUCAAUUGAAAAAUGUAAAAAAAAAAAAUUUAUACUAAUUUUAUAAGCACAUUUUAAAACUUUACUGUUUAAUAUAAUAAAGUACAUUAAACA